AUGACUCAUACCCACGACCACAGCAACGGUGCACCGCAUUCCCAUGCGGGCGUGCCAGACCACGGCCACACGCACGAGCACUACACCAACGCUGGCUCAUUCCUGAACCGCGAGCAACCCCUUCUCGCCGACCGUGACUUCAGCACCCGCGCCUUCACCAUCGGCAUCGGCGGCCCCGUGGGCUCCGGCAAGACGGCGCUGCUGCUAGAGCUGUGCCUGGCGCUGCGCGACGCCUACAACAUCGCAGUCGUGACCAACGACAUCUUCACGCGUGAGGACGCCGAGUUCCUGACCAAGCACGGCGCCCUAACUCCCGAGCGCAUCAUCGCCAUCGAGACUGGUGGCUGUCCCCACGCCGCUGUGCGCGAGGAUAUCAGCGCCAACCUGCUAGCCCUCGAGGGCCUGCAGGCAAAGUUCAAAACCGAGUUGCUGCUUAUUGAGAGUGGAGGCGAUAACCUUGCGGCGAAUUACUCGAGGGAGCUGGCAGAUUUUAUCAUUUAUGUCGUUGAUGUGGCUGGUGGGGAUAAGGUGCCGAGGAAGGGCGGGCCGGGAAUCACGGGAAGUGACUUGCUGGUGAUCAACAAAUGUGACUUGUCGAAUGCAGUGGGCGCGGAUGUGGACCUUAUGGAGAGGGAGGCGUUGAAGAUCAGAGAAGGAGGACCGGUCGUGAGGGCGGUGGUGAAGAACGGCGUCGGAGUAAAGGAGACAGUGGACCUGAUCCUCGGGGCCUGGAAGGGUACUGAAGGCUACAGCAGCGCGAAGAAGAGGUGGGAUGCAGGCGGCCAGAAAGGCAGUGGCGAAAAUCCAAACGUGGUGCGCUAUACGAGGAAUCCGAACCGAUUGUCAUGA